CGGAAAUGGUCACAUAACAACUUGCCUAAGGUUAGUGAGAUUCCAACCAAGUUAUAUACACUUGUGUCUUGGUCUCUGUCUCUCCCCUCUCCACGCGGCCUUCUCCAAUGGCGAUUGUGCAAGUCCUCACCCGCUUCUCUUGCUGCUUUCCUUGUUCUUAUACACUCAACAAACAACCUCUGGCAUGAUAACCACCGGUUCAUCGCUUUCUCCGAGAACCGAACGCACUUCGUGGCUUUCGCCAUCGGGUCUUUUCGCCUUUGGGUUCUAUCCUCAAGGUGAUAAGUACGGCAUCGGAAUAUGGCUUGUCGAUAAGCCUAACAACACUGUCGUGUGGACUGCAAACCGGGAUGACCCAUUGGUCUCCUCAGACGCGACAAUUAAUUUCACUAAGGACGGUAAACUCGUCGUCCGAACCGGUCUGGGAGAUCAGGAGGCAUCCCUUGUCGGCUCUGAAUUGUGGGAGCCCGCUACCUCGGCUUCCAUGCUUGAUUCCGGUAAUUUUGUGCUCUACGGCGACAAUUCUCGUGUGAUCAUCUGGGAGAGCUUCGAUUUUCCAACCAACACCAUACUGAGCGGUCAGAACCUCUCCGUGGGAAAGGAACUGAUCUCGAGCAAAUCAUCGCUUGACCUCUCAAGCUGUCAGUUUAGAAUGUCCAUGCAAAGUGAUGGGAAUCUUGUCGCUUAUUCUGUCAACUGCUCGAAUAGUGCCCCGGACGCAUACUGGUCGAGUGGUACUCUCAGGCAAUCCAUUCUGCGGCUACAUCUCGAUUCUCAAGGAACUCUUGCUUUGUGGACCUUUAGUGGCAUUAACGAGAAAAUUCUCGCCAAUCAUAGCUCGUUUUCUAGCAAAGAAGGCAGUACCGUUCAUCGCGCAACACUUGAUGACGAUGGGACAUUCAGGCUUUAUUUACACCGGUUCUUAAAAGGCGACUUCUCAAGCUCAGAAGUGUCCAUUCCGUGGUCCGCACCAGAGCACCAAUGUGAUGUUAAAGGCCUCUGUGGAUAUAACAGUUACUGCAGAGUCAGCAGCGAUGGGGCAUGGUGUGAUUGCUUUCCUGGUUUUGCUUUCAUCAAUGAAAGCAAGAGAUUUUUGGGUUGCCGGAGGAACUCCAGCUACGAACAGCACUGUGGUGUGGAAGACGCUAACAUUACUUCGAGUAUCACCCCAUUGCCGAGGGUAGAAUUGGGGGCUCAUCCUUAUUUGAUACUACCACUUCCCAUUCGCAAGUGCAAGAGCUCGUGCCUGGAAGACUGCAAUUGUGAUGUCGCUGUGCAUCGAGACGGAUUGUGCAGCAAGAUGAAGCUACCUAUUGUCUACGGGAAAGCAACUGGGAACGUUUCCUCCACGGUGUUAGUGAAGAUACUCUUGCCUGUCCCCAUUGCUUCUCGAACGCCACUGGUCCCAACAAAGCCAAAAAUUGUGACAGAGAAGAAUACAAUUGUUUUGAUUGUCGGGGUCAGCUUGGGUCCUAUUGCAAUUUUAUGCUCCUUGAUAGCUGCGUUUAGUUUCUUUUUGUAUCGAUACCGAGUUCAUAAGUACAAGAGGCUGUCAACAGAUUCUACUUUGGGUCCAGCACGAGAGUUCACGCUGCAAUCUUUCUCAUAUAAGGAGCUUGAAGAAGCAACAGGUGGGUUCACGGAAGAGAUCUGUAAAGGCUCUCUUGGGGCGGUGUACAAAGGGACAAUGUCCGAUGGCAGCAAGCGUGUAGCGGUAAAGAGAUUAGAGAGAGCCACCGAACGAGGAGAGGAAGAGUUCCAGGCUGAAAUGGCUGCAAUCGGUCAUACUCACCACAAAAAUAUAGUCCAAUUGCUCGGCUUUUGCAUGGAGAGCUCGAAGAAGCUUCUUGUAUUCGAAUAUAUGGAGAACGGAUCACUCUCAGAUCUCCUGUUUGAUGUUGAAAAGCGGCCUCCUUGGAGUGAAAGAGUGAGAAUUGCAUUGGAAGUAGCAAGAGGAAUCCUAUAUUUGCACGAAGAGUGUGAGCUCCAAAUAAUUCACUGCGACAUCACGACGCAAAAUAUCCUCAUGGAUGAAUCUCGGACCGCAAAAAUCUCGGAUUUUGGCCUAGCAAAGCUCUUAAUGCCAAAUCAAACUGGUACCAAAACUGAAGUCAGAGGUACGAGAGGCUAUGUGGCCCCGGAACUGCAGAGGAGCGCCAUGGUAUCCACAAAGGCCGAUAUUUACAGCUAUGGAGUUGUGUUGCUGGAAAUAGUGUGCUGCAGGAGCAACAUGGUGGUCGACGUCUCAUCAGCAGACGAGGUGCUGCUUUGCUCAUGGGUCUACAACUGCUACAUUGCUGGAGAGCUUGCCAAGCUCGUAAAAGAUGAACAAGUAGACAUGAAAAGCGUUGAAAGAAUGGUGCAAAUUGGGCUCCUUUGCAUGCAAGAUGAUUCGGAGAUUCGCCCUUCAAUCAAGGAUGUGAUAUUGAUGCUGGAAGGUAUUAUGGAUGUGCCACGCCCGCCAUGCCCAACCCCAUCGUCCUGUUCAUCUUAACUUGCAUGACUCAUCAUAUGACAACGUCAUUGCACCUCACUCAAAGGACGAUUUUCGACUUUGUUUGGUGCUUCUCAGUAACUUGUUGAGCAUCCACAAAUAUUCACUGUGACAGGUCACAUUCAUGAGACUUAGUAAACCACCUCCAGCUAUGUACUCCUUGCAUCUGUUCUGCUGUCAAGAAUAAACAGGUCAUAUGUCCGCAGCUACAUCUUGUAAAUGUAACUUAGUAGGCAUCGUUGUAGCCGAAGCCUCCAUACCUCUCAUUAGGUAUGAGAGUUUCGUUUCCCUUUUUCAUGAGAAUACUGUUG